CUGACAGUUCGAAUUUGACAAAUUAUAGAUCAUCAAAGAUAACAUAUGUCAGUAAUUUGUAAAAUUUAUGAGAGCUGAUUAUUUAUUGUCCUAAAACCUCACUCACCAUACCUAAUUCUGUAAUCCAACAUAUGUUAUCAAUGUCUUCUCUCUUUUUUUGAUCAGCAAAAAGAAAGAGUAUUAUUGAUGCAAAUAAAAGGAUUCCCUAGCUUGUAAAUUGUUCCAUUUAUGUAUUAUUGUUUUCAAAACAUUGACUUGUGACAAAAGGAUGCCUGGAUCACUUGGCUACGAGGAACAUGAUGCCAACACCUUUGCUUCAUGGGGAAUUGAUUAUUUGAAGUAUGACAAUUGCCACAAUAAUGGAUUGACUCCACAAGAAAGAUAUUCGACAAUGAGUAAAGCUCUCCUUAAAACUGGACGACCCAUUUUCUUUUCCCUAUGUGAAUGAGAAUUCUUAUAUUCAUCUUUUGUGAUAGGAUUCUUGAAUUAGGAUUUGGUAAAGACAUAUAGGAGAUACUUGAUCUCUUGGGUUCCCGGAAACAGAAGUCUCUUAGCGAGGGGAAUGCCAUUUCAAGGAUUUCUGAAUUUCAGAGACAGAAUUUGCUUUUGUCAACUACCUUAAAUGAAAAAGUAAAUAAUCUUGCUAAAAUGAGUUUAGAGAAUCCAAUUAUGAUUGGUCUCGAUGAUAGUAAGUUGCAAACUAGUCCAUCUCUUGAACAUUUGGAAUCUUUAGGAUCUGAUGUGGAUAAUGAAUUAAAGUACUCAGGAAAGCUAAUAAGUUCUUCCAAUGAAGAAUAUAAGCUUCCAGCUCAAUUAGUUCAGAGAUACGUUAAAGUGCCCUGUGGUUCGUGGCUUGUGGUCCUCCUAUCCAUUCUGAAGACUCUUUUUGACUCAGAAAUUUCCUAUAAGGCACUCUUCGGGCUUCCCUUGCUGGCAAGCAUGUAGUUGUGGCAACAAUGACAUCCAGUGGAAAAUCUCUUUGCUACAAUCUACCAGUACUAGAAAUAUUGUCCCAGAAUUUGUUAGCGUGUGCUCUGUACCUCUUUCCGACAAAGGUGAUGGACAUGCUUGGACCUAGUUUAUGGGAUGUUUGGAAUAACAACUCCCACACGAUGUCCAUUGAAAUGGUUGCCUGCAUUGCCAUUGAAGCAAUCUCUAUAUUAGAGAAGAUGCACUCCAGAGGAUAUGUGCAUGGAGAUGUAAAGCCUGAGAAUUUUUUGCUUGGUCCGCCAGGGACACCUGAUGAGAAAAAACUAUUCCUUGUUGACCUUGGAUUGGGUGGCGUGAUGGUUCUACUGGUCUACAUGUUGAUUAUGAUCAACGGCCAGAUGUUUUUAGGUACCCAGUAUUUACAGCAAUCCUAUAAAGUGAGCGAGUCAUUUCCAUUCAAGUGGAUAAAUAAAAAAUGGAGGGAAGGAUUCUAUGUAACUGCCAUGGCUACUGCAGGAAGUAGAUGGGCAAUUGUCAUGUCUCGUGGGGCAGGAUUUUCUGAUCAGGUUCAGUUAUAAUUUUUGGAGCUUUGCUCAGUUAGAAAGCCAAUUUUCUGGUGAAGAAAACUCAUGGUAAAUUGUACAAGACUACUUGGCAGUAUAAGCAUUUUUGGGAGGAUUAAAUAUUUUUGGUUGGAUGUGUAUGGAUGACAAAUAUUAGUAGUUUUAUUUGUUGAUAGCUGCGCAUGAAUAAUAAAUAGUUAUGUUUUAAAUUGUUAUGCUAGAUGGA